CAGCAAUCGCGAUAACUCCGCAUCUGUCCGUCCGAGCGCUGGGCUUUCUAUUGGAAGCCCGAGAUAUUUGCCUCCUUGCUGCCUCGACGCUAAGCCGAAAAGGGCGACGGUGCCUAAACUCCCAUCCCCAUAUCACGAGCCAUAUACGAGUUGGCUCCCCUAUAAUAAUGGAACCUGGGGAUUCCACUGCUCAGUCUUAUUUUAAUGGGUCCUCUUCUGAAUUUCAACGUUCGAUAUCGCCAAAGACUACCAUGAGCGGUUUUCCAGGGAAUUUGUCACUUGCGCAGCAGGAAGCAGUGGAUGUCUUACAGCACUUACUAGCGAAACUGAAGGAGCCUGGAUCGAAAUAUUAUGAGCGGUAUGGAGGCCUAGUGGAAAGACAUGCGGACUUGGACGAGUUUUGCUUCUCGUGUAUCAGGCCUUAUGUUUGGCGAUUUUUGGAAGGCAGAUGGAAUCUCGAUGCACUCAAACUCGUGGGUGGCGACUUGCGAUCAGACAGUCGUGGAGUCUAUUUCAGCGCGAUACACGGACUCGAUAAGCAGACGCGGAUUUACAUUGGCCAGAGUCAGCAUCUACGGAUCCGGAUCGCGCAGCAUUGGAACUUUCGUUACCGCCGGGAUAAUCCAUCGCUUCACUACCACGCUAUGCAACAGUCCAUUUUUAAUGUUUUUGGGAUCGUUGCUGUGCUUCCUCCUCCGAACGCUGGAAACCACGCAUUACCGGGAAUGGACUGUCCGGAUUUGCUGUUGAACAUCCUCGAGAUGUGGAUGGCCCUUGCAUUUAAAAGUUUACCGAAACAAACGUUGGUCGAGUGGUUACCCGAAGGCGCUGGAAAAGACACUCCUUUUGGUCCUCUCAACAUAUCGAAUCCACUGGAAACUGGGGGGAGCGAAAGAGGAUGGGUCGAUCUGAGCGACUCCAAAGACCUUCUGAUUCAGGACUACAUUCGUCCGGAGAAGAAGAAGGAAGGUGCUAUCGAGAAGAUGGACGAGGAACCGGAAAAGAAACCGGAUUUACCACCACCUACGGAGAAGAAUCGGGCGAUCCAUGAACAGCUCGUUAUCCAGAUCUCCAGUCGCGCGAUGUUGAUUAUGGUUACAGCGGCUUUUGUGGGCUUCGCGGUAUUUUCACGGGCAGGUGGUUCUGUACCAAAGCCAAAUGGGAGAUGGAGAUGA